CCCAACGAGCCGAAGCUAACAAUGCCGCCACGGCCACCAGACUACCAGUACACCUUCGAGAGCUGUGUGGCCGCCUUCGGGCUUAUCCAUGACAUCGCCGAGGCAAAGGGCCAUGCUAUCAAAUGCACGCAAAACAAUGUGCGUGGAAUGCCUGAACGACUCGACGUCACAUGCACCGGCCACGAGACCACCCAUAUCGGGUUCCCACCAGAUAGGGCAGACUGUCCUUUCCAAAUGAUGUUAUUGUACCUGCCAGCCAAAGAGGUCUGGCUCGUGGAGCUAAUCCAUGAUCCCAAUCCAUAUUCCCCAGCUUCAGUUCCUGCGGAUCGUUGGCCUCAACAACCGGAGACUCGGGACACUGCCCAACAGUCUUGCGAAACAGAAGCGACUAUCCAAGAAGCAAGACCAUCACUUGGCGAAUUUACCUCAGCUAAAGAUGCAUUGCGCGCAGAUCACCGCCCACGGCCCGCAAAACACAACUUAUGGGAUCCAGGAGACGAAGAAUGGCUCCGAAGCGAUGACGCAUGGCUUUCAGCAGACGACCCGUGGCUACUCGAAACUGAAAGUCUAUCGGAGGGGGAUAGAUUUCUGCCACCGGACCCACGACGAUCACUAGAACUGUCGCUAUCACCAGAUACACGUCUUUCACGCGCGGCGUACUUAUUGCAAGAGCAAUAUGACGAGUCCCACUUGCUUGAUAUUGCGCAUGACCUAUGGAAACUCUACUCGGAGGAACUCGACUACACCAGCUCACUGCCGCACCUACUUGCCCAACUAGACACAGAUGGAGUCCUUCACCAGGAGAAGUUUGACGAGACCCAGACUCUUCAAUAUCAGGUCAUUAAUAUUGAUGACGACUUUAAGGUGUGGCAACGACACUCACACCUGAUGAUGGUCAAUGUCACCCGUCAUUCGACAUGCCCUAAUUUCAAAGUGUUGGAACUCAAAGGACGCACCAUGGUGGGCACUUACUUUCCCAUUGCCUAUGCCACAUCGCGAGAUGGCACCAACGACUUCCUUGCCUGGGUUCUUGGCCAACUGAAGACGUGGUUUUGCGAGUUUGCUGCCAGGAAUGAAGUGGACAGCGAAAGCCUCUUCCCACAUGUGUUGAUAGCAGAGCUCGAUGUUUUCGAGAAUCUGGACAUUAAUGAUAUCUUCCCCGGCACACAGAAGCAACUCUGCGUGAAGGAUGUCGCAAGCACCAUCAUCAAGAUAUCCCGCAAGCGCUGGAACGGGCGGGACUUGAGUGACAAGCCAGCCUUCACUAUCACCCAUCUCUUGGACGCAGAUAAGCCCCAUGAUACUAUCACGCCGAGGACCGGCAACAGGAACGACUUCCUGAGGGCUAUGAGACUCGUGUUUCGCGCGCCAACAGUGCCCGAAUUCGAAAGACGUUGGAGUGAAGUAGAGGCAUAUUGGUGUCACUCGCAAAGAGAGCUGGUCUCCCACAUCCGCACAACCUAUAUUUGCCUUGCGCCACAAUGGGUACAUGCAUAUACUCGAUUCUAUCGCAACUACGGUCAUCGCAUCAGCUCGCCUCGUGGGUCCCAGCAUACUGCUAUGCGCGCCUUCAUGAAAACCCCACAGUUGAACCUUUUAGAGCUUUACAGCUCACUCCAGUGCCAUUGGGACUCCUGGAAUUGUAAAUUCCGUCAAGAAGUGGUGCAGGAAGGGCACAAAACCCGCACACUGUACCUGACCGAACUCUGGAGCAACACACGGGGUAAUGUCUCGCACCAGGGCCUUGACCUGGUCUAUAGACAGGUCGUCCAAGCCGGAGAAUCGCUGCUUCACCCUGAGCAACGCGCUCUACCUCCAUGUACGGGGAGUUUUACCAAGCACGAAGUGUGAUUGAAACUGGUGC